GUUCACACUGCUGAAGCAGAGAGAGGAGACACACAGUGUGUCAAACCCCUGUAGAUGAUCAGACUCGUGUAAAGGAAGGCGGUAGGGUGAAAGUGCACUACACCCGACUAGGCAGAAGGAUUUGGGCUGGAUUAAGGGUGUGGUGUGGAUUGAGACAAUGCCGUGGAGUUUAAACACAUAGAGCAGGGCAGGUUUAAGCUGCUCCUUCACACAGACUCAUACCUGCACAGGAUCUGGCUGUGUCAUACUGUGAUGCAGCAAUGACUCCUCAUAAGCAGUCAUCUCGCAGCUGGACCUCCAUCCUGUGCUGCUUUAAGAGAAGCGAGCAACCUGAGAUCACCUACAGCGUCAGCCAUGACACCAACAUCACUCUACAUGGGAUGGAGCCCGGGCUGCCCAUCCCUCCCAGUGAGGAGCUGGAUGCUAUAUUCUCUGAGCUUGUGGAUGAACUGGACCUCACCGAAACGCACCGAGCCGCCAUGUUUGCUCUCCCUGCUGAGAAGAAAUGGCAGAUAUACUGCAGCAACAAGAUGGAACAGGAGGAGAAUAAAGGAGCGAUAAGUUCGCCUAAAUAUUACAUCGACCAGAUCAACUUAAUGGCUGCUAAAAAGACGCUUAUGGCUACAGAGAAGGAGGAUGAAGAGCAGAGGAGCAAAUCUAUUGAGGGAUUAAAGACAGCGUUAAGGACACAACCCAUGAGUUUUGUGACCCAGUUCAUCGACGAGGACGGCCUGACCUGUCUGCUGAACUUCCUGAAGAACAUGGACUACGAGACAAACGAGUCUCAGAUCCACACCUCAAUGAUCGGGUGCAUCAAGGCUCUGAUGAACAACUCUAAAGGUCGCUCCCAUGUCCUGGCCCACCCUGAGAGCAUCAACAUCAUCGCUCAGAGCCUCAGCACCGAGAACAUCCGCACCAAAGUGGCUGUGCUGGAGAUCCUGGCUGCCGUGUGUCUUGUCCCUGGCGGCCAUCGCAAAGUGCUGGAGGCAAUGAUACACUAUCAGAGAUACGCCAGCGAGAGGACGCGCUUCCAGUCUCUGGUGAAUGAGUUGGACAGGAGUACGGGUCGUUACAGAGACGAGGUGAACCUGAAGACCACUGUCAUGUUCUUCAUUAAUGCUGUGCUUAGUCAGGGAGCUGGAGAGUCGAGUCUGGACUUCAGGAUUCACUUACGCUACGAGUUCCUCAUGCUGGGAAUCCAACCGGUCAUCGACAAACUCCGGAGUCAUGAGAACGAGACGCUGGACCGGCAUCUGGACUACUUUGAAAUGAAGAGAAACGAGGAUGAGUUGGAAAUGGCCAAACGCUUUGAGAAUGUUCAUGUCAACACUAAAAGUGCGUCACAGGUGUUUGAGCUCAUCCGAAAAAGAAUCAACCACACUGAGGCCUUUCCACACUUUAUCUCCAUCCUCCAGCACUGUCUGCACAUGCCCUAUAAGUGGAGUGGGAACAUGGUACACUACUGGCUCCUCCUCGACCGAAUCGUCCAGCAGAUCGUCCUACAGACAGAUAAAGGUCACGAUCCUGAUGUUGCACCACUAGAGAACUUCAACGUGAAGAACGUGGUGAAAAUGUUGGUGAAUGAAAAUGAGGUGAAACAGUGGAAAGAGCAGGCAGAGAAGACGAGGAAAGAACAGAGUGAGCUGCAGCAGAAGCUGGAGAAAAAGGAACGAGAGUGUGAAGUGAAGGCGCAGGAGAAAGAGGAGAUGAUGCAGACCCUCAGUAAAAUGAAGGAGAAACUGGAGAAGGAGAACAACGAACACAAACUCACCAAACAGCAAGUGGCUUCACUCAUGGCUCAGCUUCAGCAGCUCAGUAAUAGAGCAUUUGUUCCUGGAGCACCUUCUCAUGUUCCUGAAACUCCUGGUGCUCCCUCUGCUCCUUUACCUUCAGCUGCGGGUCUUGCUCCUCCUCCUCCUCCUGCUCUCACUACUCCAGGUGGGAUUCCUCCUCCUCCUCCACCUCCUCCUCCUCCAGGAGCUCCUCCACCUCCCCCUGGACUUCUAUUCGGUUCUCUUGGAUCCUCAGGACAGAAGAAAAAGGACAUUCCUCAACCUUCAAACCCACUUAAGUCCUUCAACUGGGCCAAACUUAAUGAGAACAAGCUAGAAGGAACCUUGUGGACAGAGCUGGACGAUAUCAAAAUUUUUAAAGUUCUGGACCUGGAGGACAUUGAGAGAACGUUUUCAGCCUACCAGAGACAGCUGAAAGACACUGGUGAUGACACAGCUGCAAAGAAAGUGAAGGAGCUGUCGGUUAUUGACGGCCGCCGAGCACAAAACUGCAACAUCCUCCUGUCACGGUUAAAGUUGAACAAUGAUGAGAUUAAGAAGGCCAUAAUGACCAUGGACGAGCAGGAGGACCUUCCCAAAGACAUGCUGGAACAGUUGUUGAAGUUUGUUCCAGAGAAGAGUGACAUAGACCUUCUUGAGGAGCACAAACAUGAGCUGGACAGAAUGGCCAAAGCCGACCGCUUCUUCUACGACAUGAGCAGGAUAAAUCAUUAUCAGCAAAAACUGCAGUCGCUCUACUUUAAAAAGAAGUUUGCUGAAAGAGUUGCAGACAUCAAGCCAAAGAUUGAAGCUCUCAGUCAGGCAUGUUCAGAGGUGCUACAGAGUCAAAACCUGCGCCAGCUCCUGGAGGUCAUCUUGGCUCUUGGGAACUACAUGAACAAAGGUCAAAGGGGAAACGCGUACGGCUUCAAAAUUUCCUCGCUCAACAAGAUCGCUGACACCAAGUCCAGCAUCGACAAGAAUAUCACUCUGCUCCAUUACUUGAUCAUGAUCUUAGAGCAGAAAUUUCCCAAAGUGGCGCUGUUUUAUAACGACCUGCAGAAUGUCCCAGAGGCUGCAAAAGUCAACAUGACAGAAUUGGAGAAAGACAUGAAUAACCUGCGCAGCGGCCUAAAGAGUAUGGAGGCGGAGCUCGAGUACCAGAAGACUCGUCCCCAGGACUCAGGUGAUAAGUUUGUGUCUGUGGUCAGUCAGUUCAUCACGGUGGCAGGAUUCAGCUUCUCAGAGGUGGAAGAUUCACUACAGGAGGCCAAGGAGACGUUCCAGAAGGUGGUGAAAGUGUACGGUGAGGAACCGAGCUCGGUGCAGCCUGACGACUUCUUCAGGAUCUUUGAUCAGUUCCUGCAGGCGUUCGCUGAAGCCAAACAAGAUAACGAGAACAUCCGCAAACGAAAGGAGGAGGAGGAGCGCAGGGCUCGCCUGGAGGCUCAGAUGAAGGAGCAGAGGGAAAAGGAGCGAAAGGCGCGUAAAGCGAAGGAGAACUGUGAGGAGGACGGCGAGUUUGACGACCUCGUCUCCGCCCUGCGAUCCGGAGAAGUGUUCGACAAAGAUCUGAGCAAAAUGAAACGCAACCGCAAACGAGCAAACACUCAGCCGCUCGAAACGAGCCGAGAAAGACCCGUCGGCAAAUUCAAUCUCUGAGGAAAACCUGCACUAUUUUAGAGACGAACUUAUUCUAACGAGUCAAGAGAAAAAGAAAGAGAGAGAAUAUUGUAUAAUGUUGCACUGCAGUGGCCUGGUAGCUAAUCAGCUAUUCUGCCAUUCAUCAGAAAUUAGCAGGAACAAUAAAAACAAACCCCUUGUGGGGAGACACAUGGAUGUGUUACAUGUAAAGGAGCUUAGCAGCUGAAUUUCCAGUGUUAAAACUGAUGUAUUGUGAAUAUUGUAUGCAUGUGCAUGUAUGUGCCAUAUUAAUGAUAAACGAACAUUUUGCUUGCGCGCGCGCGUGCGUGCGUGUGUGUGUGUGUGUGUGUGAAUGAAAACGUGCCAAAGCUGCCACCUUUCGGUGACCUCCAAGUAUUGCACCUUCUCAAUAUGAACGAUUACGAAUGAUUAUUAUUAUUAUUUUUUUUUUUUAUCUCUAUUGGAAAUAAGGGCUAAUUCGGAUUAUCUGUGUAUGUUUUCACUCUCACUGUUAAUGUGUAUUUGGUUUGUUAGUGAUAAAAAUGUUGCCACAGA